AUGUCGCUGCAGGACCGCCCGCACUCGACGCCACCGCAGAACGAGUGCAGCGACCCAGCGGCUUGCUACGCCACCGCGAGGCGCCGAGCGCUCCGGCGCAUCGGCAGGCGCCGCCUCGGCCUCAGGGAGCGAGCCGCUUUCGGCGCAUCGGGGCCGCUGGAGGUGACGUUUGGCUCCGAGGCUGCGGGUGCCUAUGAGCUGCAUGCGACGCUCAAAGGGGCGCACGUGCAGGGAAGCCCGCUGCGCGUCCAUGUGGCUGCGUCUACGCCACACGCGCUGGAGGCACGCGUGCCCGACCACGCCCCUCGCAGCUCCGAGCCUUUUGGGCCGAUCGGGCUUCGGGCCGUCGACGCGUUUGGCAACCCCGUCCCACACGGCCCGCUGAACGCCGUCCUCUGCGAUGCCGACUGCUCGGCGGACGAGGGCUCUGCUGGGUCGGCGCACAAUCACCUCUCUAUGCGUAAGCCGGGAUCUAUCAGCGCGACUACCACGCAGUCUGUCCUGGCGCCGGCUGUGCCGGCCGCUGUCCACGCAGAGCUGCUCACACAGGCCUCGCGGGAUGGCGAGACCCAAAUCUAUCUGCGGCUGGAGGGGGCGGUGGGGACGUGCCAUGUCGGAGUUAGGGAGAGCACAGGCAAGCUGCUUGGCUGCAGGCUGGCGCUGCAGCUUGCGGCGGGUCCGCCUCACUCCUUGCGAGCGACGAUGCACACCGGCUGCAUCGUGCGCGAUCGCCCCUUUGGUCCUGUCAAGGUUUGGCUCGUCGACGGUGCCGGCAACCCUCUGUCGAUGGGCGACGUGCCUCUGCACCUCUCCGUCCGCCCGGAGACGAGGGAGGGCGGCGGCGAGGCAUCGUGCGCGGACAUCGAGCCAACCGCCGCCGGCGCGCGAGGCGCCUCAGUCUUGCACGCCGUGGUACGGGGCGGUGCGCCGGGGAGGGUGCAUCUGCAUGUCGAGUGCGCCGGAUGCGGCACGGCGCCGCUGGUCGCCUCCAUCCAACUCCAGCUCAGCAGUGGACUCCUCUUCUUCGCUGAGAAUACGGGGAUCGCCCGCGCCCUGCGCGCGCGUGGCUGGCAUGAGGUCGAGCGGCAAGACAGCGCACCGUUUGUGCAUCUGCUCUGGACCGUCCGGUCGGGCGAUGUCGACUUCAAGCGGCUGCAGCUCGGCCAGCUCUGCAACCACUUCGAUCCCACCGACUUCACCACCAAGGCCGACUGCGACCCGCGCGCCUUUUUCCCUCGUUCCUACGAUCUCGCCGACGAGGGCCACUUUGCCGCCUUCCAGGCCGACUUUGAGCGCUCCGCUGCGUCAGCGGUGCUGCAUCGCCUCCUCGAGAGUGCAGACUCGCCAUGCCGGCCAGAAGCGGCCGCACUUGCGCCGCCACCGGCGCCGCUCGUCCGGGCAGCACUCGACAUCGUCCGCACCUAUGUCCACAACCAGAGCGAGAGAGGUGUCGAUGGCCUCGCAAGCGUGUCGGCCACCACCGCCGCCCUCAAGGCCGACAUGGUCACCUUUGCUGCCUCUGGCGCCUCGAGGAUCCCGCCCGGCGCAGCGGGCGCCUCGCUCGGCUUGCGCCCGGCGGCCGAGGCCGCGCUGGAGGAGGUGGCGCUUCUCGACCCACAGUCUUCCCUCGGCAGCGCGCGCAACGUAUGGCUUCUCAAGCCGUCUUACGGCUCGAAAGGUGCUGGGAUGCGCCUCUUCAACGACGGCCUGGCGCGUGUGGCUGCGGAGGGGAGGACGCAGCGGGUGGUUCAAAAGUACAUCGAACGACCCUUUUUGGUGCAGGGCUACAAGUUCGACCUCCGCUGCUGGGUCGUCGUGGCGGACUGGGCGGCGCGCGGCGCGCUCUCCGUCUGGAUGUACGAGGAGUGCCUCGUCCGCUUCUGCUCGGAGCCCUUCUCGCUCGACAACCUCGCCAGCCGUUUCGGGCACAUCACCAAUGUGAGUGUGCAGAGGCAAUACGCAGGCGCUGCCGGCGACGCCGCCAGGCGAGGGAGCAGGGGCGGCCUAGCGCAGACUCCAGCCUCUUGGUGUCACCGGCUCGGAGGGCUGCAUGCGCCAUCGGUGGCUGGUGAGGUCUGGAGCUCGGCCGAGCUAGAGGGGGAGCUGCAGCGGCGCGGGCUCGGGGGCGCAUGGGCGGGGCGCGUGCUUCCGGCGCUGCGUCGCAUCACCGCCGCGGCGAUGCAGAGCGCGCAGGAGCGGUCCAGCCCGCGCGUUGGCUCGUUCGAGGUCUACGGACUCGAUUUUGUGCUCGACGAGGCGUUGCGGCCGUGGCUGAUCGAGGUCAAUGAGAGUCCGAACUUGAGCGCGCACGGCUCGGAGCUCAAGGAACGGCUGCUGGUCGAGAUGACCGAGUCUCUCGUGCAGCUGCUCAUCGACCAGCAGGAGGUGCGGCCCGACCGCGAGCACAGGGCGGCGGGCGAGGCGGUCGGCGCGUGGACCAACUUGCUUGUCUCUGCUGAUGCGAGCGAGCCGGGGCUAGAGCCGGCGUUGCCCAAGAGCGGCGGUUCAGCAGCCGCGCUGGAGGUUGUGGGUCGCAAGUGCGUGCUGCCCCACCGCAGAAUGCGAUCGACGAAUGGGGUGUGA